AUGUUUCAUCGGCAAAGCGGCGGCGGCCCGGGCGUAGCCAUCAACAACGCAACCGAGAUCGUACCUCGGGGCUUCAUGAACGGCAACAAAGGAUCUAGUGUCUAUGUUAAGACCGAGAAAGAGAUGUACAACAUGGUGAACGCCCAUUUUCAUGGCAAUGAUGAGCUUCUUACAGAGUUUAGCUCAUGGGCAGCAUCUCUCCAUGCGGUUCUCUGCUUCGCCCGAGACACACGAGCCGACUGGAACCCUCAUGUCGCUGUUAUCGAUCGCAUGAGAUUAGAAGGCGAGGUUCUCGUCUGGUGGGUGCCAGAUCUUCUCGGUGCUAAGCAAGGUGACAUCGAGUAUCUGGCGCAUGGAUGUAUACGGGGUCGUGGUUAUACCGCAGUGCCUUUUGAGCAGCUCGUCACUAAUGGGCUUUAUAGUUUGUUCCCCGAACUUGAAGCUUGGAAGAAAAAUCGCUCGAAGGGCAUGCCCUUUGGCCGUAAGCUACGGAAAAGGAUGUUUCACCGCGCACCACCCGUUGAUAUUUCGACCGAGGACAUUGCGACUGCUAAGAAAAUAGGCAUCUUAUUUGGAGACCUUGCUUUGCCGGUCAUGGCCGCGCUGCUUUGUCUCCGGCCGCGGGAAGCUACUGGAUUCAAAGAGAUGGCAGUCCGGGUCAUUGAAUCACUAAGUACUAGAAAAGUAGAAUUCGAGCUUGCGACAGGCUUUUGGGCGCAUCCGGGAGCGACUUACACACGCAAAGCGAGAUACCGUGAUACUGGCAGGUGGUAUCCAGAUAUCGAACAAUGGAUAAAAUUGCUUCGUGCGAUCAAUAGCCAUGACUUUCGCCGAGACACAAGGAAGCGGAAGAGAGCUAGCUCCGACUCUGAAUACGAGCCUGAUACUGAGGAUUACACCAAUCGGUAUCGGAGCUAUUAUAAUACGCGGAAAGGUUCACGGCUAGAUUAUACUAAAGUAAUGCCAGCGAGAUUAGGCAAGGCAGAAGAUUUUGUCCUGUUUGGUUCUGCGGGGUCGGAUGAAGGAGAAGAGGAUGAGGCGUUAGACAAAGAGGGAGACGAGGCGUCAGAUAAGGACACGGACGAAGUGUUGAACGCAAAAAAGGACGAGGACAUGAAAAAGGAGGAGCAGCACACUGCCAUGCAACGCGAGUUUAUGAAGAGAUGGUUGAAGCCGUGGUCUGAGUAA